AUGCACUUCACCACCCUCACCACCGCAACCCUCCUGGCUGCCACCGCCUCCGCAGGCGUCGUCCCCGCCGUCAAAGUCGACCACCUCAACAAGCGCAGCGAAGCCGUAUGGGACAAGAACGGCAACAUCAAACUGACCUUCUCCAAAGAAACCGUCCAAGUCGGCUCCCUCACCACCGACGACAUCAUGGCCGCAGGCUGA